CAGGCAAGGGGUGUUGCGUCACGUGUCAUACAAUCACGUGAUGAUAUACUACCUUUCGCUCGCAGCCUGGCGCUGCUUUGUCGCUACGAAAUUGAGCCGGAAUCGCAUCACGUGAGAGCUCCGACCGGUAUCCCGAGAGCCGGCACGGUUAAGCUCUACUUGGGCCGCGUCCACCCGGGUACCCGUUGACAUCUCUUUCUCCAGGCCUUGCUCGGCAGUCACAACGCUGCAUUGACAACCCACACGACGCUACCAUGUUUUCCACGACCAAGAGAGUUUUGGCCCAACGCGGUAGCGAGGCAAUUGGCCGCGUUGCUGCCCAGGCUCAGGCACAGAGGCGCUCAUUGUCCGUCCUUGCUGUGCUCGAGCAGCGCGAGGGCAAAUUGAGCGCCGGCUCGCUGAGCGCCUUUACUGCGGCCAAAAAGCUCGGAGGCAACGUUCACGGCUUCCUUGCCGGUGCCAGCGUCAAGUCUGCUGCUGAAGAGGCGGCCAAGGUCGACGGCAUCGAGAAGAUUAUCACCAUUGACAAUGCCGCAUACGAAAAGGGCCUCCCUGAGAACUUCGCCACGCUUUUGGUAGAAAACAUUAAGAAGGGCGGUUACACUCACGUUAUUGCCAGCCACAGCGCCUUUGGCAAGAAUGUUCUUCCCCGCGUCGCUGCCCUGCUCGACGUUCAGCAGCUGUCCGAUGUCACCGGAAUCGAGAACGAGACGACCUUUGUCCGACCUAUCUAUGCCGGAAACGCCAUCGCCACUGUCGAAUCGACCGACCCCGUUAAGAUCCUGACUGUUCGCGGUACCGCUUUCGCCGCUGAGGCCCCCACAUCUGGCUCUGCUGCCAUCGAGGCUGGUGCCGAUGCCAACGCCGCCGCUACCUCGGAAUGGGUUUCGGAGGACCUCGCCAAGUCUGACCGCCCUGAUCUCGCUACUGCAGGCAAGGUUGUGUCUGGCGGCCGUGGUCUCAAGUCCAAGGAGGACUUCGACAAGGUCAUGCUGCCUCUGGCGGACGCUCUCGGCGCUGCCGUUGGUGCCUCGCGCGCCGCUGUUGACAGUGGCUACGCCGACAACAGCUUGCAAGUCGGUCAGACUGGCAAGGUUGUUGCUCCCCAGCUGUACAUGGCUGUCGGUAUUUCCGGCGCCAUUCAGCACUUGGCUGGUAUGAAGGACAGCAAGGUCAUUGCUGCCAUUAACAAGGAUGCGGAUGCCCCCAUCUUCCAAGUAGCUGACGUUGGUCUGGUCGGUGAUCUGUUUGAGAAGGUCCCUGAGCUGACAGAAAAGGUUAAAAACUAAAUUAUAAAUACACUAUUGUACAAUUUCUACACAAUAUCAUCUUUCUCUCUAUGUCUAUCGUACAACUGCCAGCAUGUCGCUGACGCUUGUGAACUUUUCUCUCUCUUUUCCUUUUAGCUUGCCCGCAGCCCUUUCGGUGCUGUCAAUCUUUCUCCAGUCAUCCCAUGACAAUGCAUGUGAUGGAUCACUAGUACUGCUUUCGCUCGAAACACCUUCCCAACCCUUUGCAGGGGAAGUCUGAUCAGAGCGGAGAAACGGUUUACCUGCCAGCCAAUCGUGAAUAAUGACAUCUCCUGUUGUAAAUGCAUCGCUCAUCGUAGACGCAAUCACACCAGUAGGACCAUUCUUCAGCCACCCGGCACAGUACAGGCCUGGGACUUGGUUCGCAACGUCUCCGCUGUUUGCAGAGAUCAAGCCUGUAACCCGACCCAAGCCAUCGUUGCUAACAGUUCCCUUGGCAUUAUCGAAUUGUAUUCCGGCUUCAGAAAACCCUUCGAGUGCUAUUGAACGAUAUCCCACUGAUCGGAAAACGACGUUGGAUGGUAGAGCAAUCGUCUCUCCAGUUGCACUGACUCUAGACUUCGGAUCAAAUGGCGAUUCCAGUUGCGUUACGUCACAUUCUGUGCUACCGACCCGAUUGGGGUUGCUGGUUUGAGCAAGAAACCCAGUAGGCGAAAGACAGCUGUCAAGAGACCAAGAACGCGCGGUGGCUGUUGGUAAAUUCGUCGUUCCUUUCAAAAGCACUUCCAUGAGUCGCUUCGAAGCACGUGGAAGUGAUUUUAAAUCGUCUGGAAUGAGAGAUCGAUCCACUGGAUGAAAAGCAACAUUGGAAAGCUUCAUCAGCUCUCUGACCUCUUUAAUCGUAAACGCCGCUUGCAUCGGCCCUCGUCUGGCCACAACGCGCACUCGCUUCACACGACUUUGCGCAAGAUGCUGUAGAGCAUGUUCGGCUAUGUCUGUCUUUCUCAAAACAUCGACAUCCUCAAGCAGCAUUCGCGCUACAUCCAUUGCAACAUUUCCUUGUCCAAUGACGAUGGCAUCCUCCCCGCCUAAGUCCGGUUCGAGACCGGCGCAUUCUGGUAAACCGUUGUACCAGCCAACAAACUCUCUAGCCGAGUAGAUUCCGCUCAGCUUAGAUUCUCCUGAGAUCCCAAGCUUCUUAUCUUCAGAGGCACCGUAAGACAUAAGAACAGAGUCAUAAUUUUGCAGCAGAGACUGCAGCUGGACAUGGCACUGUUGCGAUGAAGCAUCUCCUUCUCUGUGACCAACAGACACAUUGCCUAGGAACCGAAAGUUGGGAGAUGAAGCAACCUCUUCAAACUUUUCUUGACAAU